GUGAAAAAGGAAGAAAAAGAACUUGCAAACAAGAAAAAUGAAACUAGCUGUAAUUUUCAUGGUUUCUUGUGUCCUAUUCACUCUUCUCCCAAGUCUAACCGUUGCCGAGAAGAGGCCGUGGUGUCCAACAAGAAGACAAGUAUUUGCAGGUUCAUGCGACAGAACUGAUUACACACAAUGCUAUAACGACUUGAGGAACACAUGGGAUAACAUUGGAGAUCUUGGUCCAACAGAUUGCACUUGCACUUCUCAACCCCAAAACAAACGUCUCUGUUAUUGUCGUUUCUUGCCAUGUCCUGGUUAUUAAAUCUUCUAAUAUGUUAAAAGAUUAUCCAUAAAUGAUUGUUGUCAUAUUUCCUAUGUAUUUUAAUUUCAACAAUAUAUUCGUAUCUUAUUAUCAA